AUGAACAGCGUCGGAGAGGCCUGCACCGACCUGAAGCGGGAGUACGACCAGUGCUUCAACCGCUGGUUCGCCGAGAAGUUCCUGAAGGGGGACCGGAGCGGCGACCCGUGCACCGAGACCUUCCGGAAGUACCAGCGGUGCGUGCAGAAGGCCAUCAAGGAGAAGGACAUCCCGGUCGACGGAGUGGAGUUUAUGGGCCCCAACAAGGACAAGCCCGAGAGCUGACGGAGAGGAAACACACACACUGAUCAUCAGUACUGUUAUCAGUACACCGUGUGGAUCGAUACGCCGUGUCGAUAACACUGAGCAUGCGCAGAAGGAGAGCUGCACAGCUGAUCCCAGAACAGAUGAUUUGUUUCGUUUGACUUUUUCUUACAUUGCUGCUUUAUAUUUUCGACUUUAUUAUUGACCAUGAGGAAUGUGGGCCGCUGUAACCGCUGGGAGACUAGCUUGUAGAGCUGAAACAAUUAGGCCUAGUCGAUUAAUCGGUUACUAAAAUUAAUCGGCAGCUGUUAUAAUCGAGCUUCACCAUGGUUUCUGUCAUCAUGAACUCAGUGUGUUUGGGUUUCGGACUGUUGGGACAAAACCAGACGUGAAAUUGGGAAAUUGUGAUGGACAUGUUUCUCUAAUUUCAGACAUUUUAUAUACUAAAAGAUUAUUCGAAUAACUGGAAAACUACUAGAUCAAUCAGUAAUGGAAAUAAUAAUUAGUUGCAGCCCAGCAGUUAGUCGAGUGUAUUAGUUGUUGUUUUUGUGUGUGUUUUUUUUUUUUUUUGGACAGUCGAUUAUUUAAAAAAAUACAUUUUGCUGUUUGUUUUCAUUUCCUAAUUUUCUUUGAACCAGGUCAAAGGUCAAGCUGGAAAGCAGCUCUGCCAUUUUUCUCUUUUAAACUCGUAUUUUCCCGUUUGUCACUUUUGACUCUAGAUCGUUUCAUUUUUAAAUUCUGUUUUAGUUUUUACUGAAGAAAAUCUUUUGUUUUCAGUUUCCAACUGACGCACGUGAAGACCUCACGCUUGAAAACGCAAUCUUCACGUACGAUUUACUGAUUUCUGACGAUCUUUGAUUGAGCUGCAUUCAUGUAAAAACGGUUAAAAGGGUUGCAAAGUGUCAAAAAAAACUGUAAUCAUGGUGGAACUGUCCUUUUUACAUAUUUUUAAAAUCAGGACUACCAACCCGGGGCCCCAGCGCUCAGGUGUACUGUGCUUUCAUUGUGUUUGGGAGGAGGCAACAGCGCCGCCUGGAGGAGCUUCCUGCUGUAGCCGAGCUUGGGGCCCGGUCUCCAACAAGAUGUCGUUUUAAGGCCGUAAUUAUUUAAGCGCUGCGCUUAGAAAUUCAGGGUUUCUGCAGUGUUUCCCCAAAUAUAAUGUAAGAUGUUUCAAUACUACAUAAAAAGCAAUUUAAUCCCAAUUUUCACUGUCAUAAUGGUCAAAGAAUGACCAGUGGCAGCGACGAGGCCUGCAGUUAUUAACUAUAUAACUGUAUAUAGGCCUAAUAAUUCACAUGACUAUCAUUUAACAUGACCUGGAUCUGAAGAAAACUGACGGACGUACCAACCAAUUAAAAAAAUAAUACGUUUUGAACUGACUUCAGUGCUUUUUAUUACAGUUGGAGAGCUGCAGAUGCCCGGAUACUGCUAAUCCUAAACAAAUGCCUUUAAUCAAACACACUCAGUGAAUCUGUGGCAGAGAAAGAAACUCGCCACGUGUCCCGGCAGAACGCGACUCGUGCUGCUGAUAUGGAAACCUAAAGCAAACCCGCCGGAGUCCUCGCUGUUGAGCUUCUUUACGUUCCUCUGGCGAGGUUCGGUUACUCGUUACUCAUACAGCCAUCCCUGUCACGCGUCGGCGAGUAGCGGCACUGCAGGACUGCUUCAAUAGAAAACGGCGUCUGGUGAAGAAGAUCCUGCACAGAACUGGACCGCUCCUCCUGGACGGUUCUUUUGUUUCUGUUUACAUCGAAUAUUAAGCUGUGAUUGUAUUUAAUGAAAUGCCAGAAUACAGUAGAUGUAUAGAAAUGGAAGGACUGAUGCCUGUUACAAAAUAAAAAUGUUUUUCUUUGA